UCUCUCUCUCUCUCUCUACAACCUUCUUCUUCUUCUUCUUCUUCUCUCUCAUUCACAGAAAUAUUCUUACAAGAGAGAAGAAGAAGAAGAAGAAUGUGGGUAUUCUAUCUGAUAUCGCUACCUCUAACAAUGGGGAUGGUUGUGAUGACCUUGAAGUAUUUCGCGGGUCCCCAUGUCCCCAGAUACGUUCUCUUCACCGUUGGAUACACCUGGUUCUGCUCUCUCUCUCUCAUCAUCCUCGUACCCGCCGACAUUUGGACCACAAUAAUGGGCCACUAUAAUGGAGGGAUAUCUUUCUUUUGGAGCUUUUCAUAUUGGAGUACUUUUUUACUUACCUGGGUUGUGGCGCCCACUAUUCAGGGUUAUGAAGAUGCUGGAGACUUCACUAUGACAGAAAGAUUGAAAACGAGCAUACAUGCAAACUUAGUCUUUUACCUUUGCAUUGGCGCUAUUGGACUUUUUGGACUUAUACUACUCAUUCUGUUACGCAGAAAUUGGAGUGGUGGUAUUCUGGGUUUAGCCAUGGCUUGCUCAAAUACUUUUGGACUUGUUACUGGUGCAUUUCUUCUUGGCUUUGGUCUGAGUGAAAUUCCAAAAGGCAUUUGGAAAAAUGCAGAUUGGACUGCUCGCCAAAAGGUUCUGACACAUAAAGUUGCCAAAAUGGCUGUGGAACUUGAUGAUGCACACCAAGAAUUUUCAAAUGCUAUUGUGAUUGCUCAGGCAACAUCAAAGCAGAUGUCCAAGCGUGAUACUUUGAGACCCUACAUGAAUAUCAUUGAUGAUAUGUUGUUUCAAAUGUUAAAAGAAGAUCCUUCUUUCAAACCUCAAGGUGGGAGAUUAGGAGAAAAUGAUAUGGAUUACGACACUGAUGAGAAAUCAAUGGCAACACUAAGGCGUCAACUUAGAAGAGCUCGAGAGGAGUAUUACCGGUAUAGAAGCGAAUAUACCAAAUUUGUGUUGGAAGCCCUUGAGCUGGAAGAUACUGUGAAAAAUAAUGAGCGCCGUGAUGUGACUGGAUGGAAAUAUAUUUCAAGCUUUAGGCCUGAACGAUCAGGCACACUAGGUUCUUUUCUUGAUAUGAUUGAGUUGAUGUGGCGGUGUAUUCUAAGAAAGCAACUUAAGAAACUCUUGGCAAUUAUAUUAGGUUGCAUGUCAGCUGCAAUUCUUUUAGCGGAGGCCACAAUACUGCCCAGUGGAGUUGAUUUAUCUCUUUUCUCUAUUCUCAUAAAUGCCGUAGGAAGGCAGGAGGUACUUGUGCAGGUAGCUGCUUUCAUUCCUCUGAUGUAUAUGUGCAUAUGCACAUAUUAUUCCUUGUUCAAAAUUGGAAUGCUGAUGUUUUACUCACUGACACCCAGGCAAACAAGCUCGGUCAGCUUGCUUAUGAUAUGCUCGAUGGUUGCGCGAUAUGCACCUCCAAUUUCAUACAACUUUCUCAAUCUCAUUCGUCUUGAUGGUGAUGAAAAAACUAUCUUUGAACAGAAAAUGGGAAAUAUAGAUGAUGCAGUCCCUUUCUUUGGAAAAGGAUUCAACAAAAUCUAUCCCCUUAUUAUGGUUAUAUAUACCAUUUUAAUUGCAAGCAGUUUUUUUCAUCGGGUGAUUGAAUACUUUGGGAAUUGGAAGAUAUUCAAGUUUCAAAAUGAAUCAGAUGAUAUGGAUGGAUUUGAUCAGUCAGGAGUAAUUAUUCUGAAAAAAGAACGGUCUGGGCUUGAGCAAGGACAUAAAGUUGGCGAGCAUGUUAUUCCAUUAGCAAGGAAUUUCAACAAUGUUACCAUUGACAUUGAACCUGGGAGCAAUAAUGUGGAGAAGGUUAACACUGAAUUGAAAUCAACGAAAGUGAUGGAGGAUGGAAAGAGAGGUCAAUUACAAUCUUUAAAGGAAGAGGCCCUAAUUGAUACAAGCAGAGAAGCUAUCAACAAUAUGGAUUUGGUUGAGAAAAAUGUAACCUCCUCAACAGCUGAUUCAAGCAAUCUUCGAAAUGUAACAGCAGGAUCAUCAUCUAGAUUAGCCUCAAAGUGGGAAGCCAUGAAGACUGGUUUUCAAAACUUGAAGUCUAACAUUGUUGCCAAGAGAUUCAUUCCUUUACGCCAGGGUCAAGAAACCAAAAUUGAUCAUGUUUCCUCAUCUGAAUCACUUGAUGAAAUAUUUGAGAGAUUGAAACAGCCAACCGUGAACCGUAGAGGUUAUUACAAUGAUGACAAUGAUGAUGAUCAUGGCUUGGACAUCAGGGAGAUGCAAUCAUCCAGAUAGUCUCUUACACAUUAAGCAGAGCCAUUAUGAAAAUAGGUAUAAUCAUUUUGGGUUAAUACUCUAGAGAUGUGUUUCUAGGAUAGUUGAAUUUUACUCUUCAACAAAUUCUAUUGUGACUGGAUCACCUGUGGUCUAGAGAAUUCUCAACAUGCUAAAAGCACACACAUUUUUUACUAGUUGAUUGGGGUUAAAUGUAAAAAGAAAAUAUGGCCCAUGAUUUGAAGAGGAGUGAUUUAUGGGGAACUCAGCGGGUAAGUACUGUAAUUUUAAGCACGUGGUAGAUUACUGCAUGCAUCUUGUGUAUAGUCAUUUAUACAUGUGACGUUUUUCUCCAA